UAGUUAGUAGGAAAAAGUUCAGCUAUAAUGCUAUUAUUCUGCGGGCAGAAAGGUGUGUGUUGCAGUGCUAUAGUAUUCUUUACUUAUCUGCAUGCUCUGGUUAAGUGUUCUCAUCCCGGGGAAAAAAAUAAAAAAAAGGCACGUGUACAUGCCACGAUUGUAUAAAUUCUGUGUACAAAUGUACGAUUUAGCGAAAUAUGUUUGUACAUCCAGGACAGAAACUUUAUAUGUAUCAUAUAUGCUUCAAAAGUAAAUAAAUACUACUCAAUCAUAUUAUGUGAUUUAUAUGAAAAUUUUUCCUCUAGGAUAUUUUUGUAUUAAAUCCAGACAGAAGCCUUAUGUAUGUGAUAUGUAUUACAAGCCAUUUAUACAGGAACAAAAUUUAGCGGUACUUAUAUAUUCACGCAAUGGAGAAAUCUUAUUCAUGUGAUGUAUGCAGCAAGUCAUUCACACGAAAGCAGAAUUUAGAUACACAUAAGCGUGUACACGCUCGAGAGAAAUCUUAUAUAUGUGAUACAUGUAAUAAGUCAUUUACGGAAAAGCAGAACUUAGAGAUGCAUUUAGUUAUUCACUCAGCAGAGAAACGUGUUGUGUAUGAUAAAUGUAACAGUUCAUAUUCUGUAAACUCUAAUUUAGUCAGUAAUAUGUGUCUUCAUACAAGGGAGAAAUCUCCUAUAUGCAAUGUAUGUAAACAGUCAUUUACAAGAAAGCAACAUCUAAUAGAUCAUAUGCGUAUCCAUGCUGGACAGAAGCGUCAUGUUUGUGAGGUAUGUAACAAGUCAUUCACGCAAAGGCAGAAUUUAGUGAUGCAUACACGCAUCCAUACAGGGGAGAGACCUCAUGCAUGUGAUAAAUGUGACAGAGCGUUUUCUUUAAAGUCUAAUUUAAAAAGUCAUAUGCAUAUCCAUACAGGAGAAAAACCUCAUAUCUGUGAAGUAUGUAACAAAUCAUUCAUGCGAAAGCAAAAUUUAGUAUCACAUCUGCGUAUCCACACAGGAGAAAAACCGCAUGUAUGCGAGAUGUGUAACAAGUCAUUUGCUGUACACUCUAAUUUAGUCAGGCAUAUGCAUACCCACACUGCUGAGAAACGCAGUAGACGUAAACAGAUAUUUACCCAGAAUUAUGGUAUACAUGUGCUCGUAGGAGACAAGCCGCAUAUGUGCAAUUUAUGUGGCAAGUCAUUCACAUAUAAACAAACAUUAAUGAUGCAUAUGCGAAUCCACACAGGAGAGAAACCUCAUAUAUGUGCUAGAUGUAAUAAGUCAUUUUCUGUUAUGUCAAAUUUACUGCGUCAUAUGCGAAUCCACACAGGAGAGAAACCUUAUGUGUGUAAUACAUGUAAGAGGUCAUUUACACAGAAACAAAAUUUAAUAACUCAUCUGCAUACCCACAAAGGGCAGAAACUUCAUGUAUGUAAUAUAUGUAGUAAGUCAUUCGUGCGAGAAGGAAAUUUAGUAACACAUAUGUAUAUACAUAUGGGAACAUCAUCGUGUGUCUGAUAUAUGUUAAACACUUGUAAUGUUAAAGAAUAAUUAGUUGUGCAUGAGUGCAUUAACACUGAGCUGUAUUCACGUAUUGAUAUGUGUAAGCUAUUCAUGUGAAUGUAGUAGAUACAUUAUAUAGCUGAUAAGGUUAUAAGGUUUGUAUGGCUAUUCUGAAAUUUUGGUUCCCAGGUUUAAGAGUUUUAAAGAAAGUAUUUUGGACUUACUUUUCCAACUACUAAGUGGUAUUUUGGACUUACUUUUCCAAUUGUUCCUUUCUUAGUGAAAACGUUAUUUAUAGAAAAUAAAAAUUAUAUUAUUUCAUA